UAGUUUUAUGGGAUCUCUCUGUACAGACUAUGAGCAAAUGUAGGGGGCUGUUGCUGCUGAAUUGUGCUUGAGUCUGGUGGAGUCUGACCAUUAUAAAAGAAAGGGUGGGGGCAAUAUGGAGAAAAUGGAGCCCCUGGAGAAAUAAACAAUUUCAUAUGAGAAUAAAGAUAUGGCAAGGCCCUUAUAAUUCGAGGUCUCUAUAUAAAUAAUCAGGAGUGCCCCUAUAAUUAUAAUCAGAUUAGGAAGAGCAGAAUUAAUAUCCUCUAAUCAGAAUACUAUAUUGAUCGCUAUGGGAGGGAGGCACCUGCAAUAAAAACCUAUACUGAGGCGGCUGCUCCAAUCUAAGAAAAACUAGAAAAAAAAUAGUAAUACUUCCAAAAAAAAUAGGACGGGUGCCCUUAUAAUAACCCCAUUGUGAUCAAUCAGGGGCCGAGCCUAUGAUUAUAAUAUUCCCAUGAGGAGGAGGCAGUGCGCUGCUAUAAUAAACUUAUAAUAAAGAGAAGGGGGCGUGGCGCUAUCGGGGCCGCUUUGCGAUUGGCCGGGGAGGAGUUUCCCACAAUGCCCCGCUCUCCCCCAGGGAUGCUGCGAGAGCCGCGCCUCCUCCAUUUGCAGCGAGUGGGAACUGAGAUCUGUCUGUGCCCGGGACUCCCCGCGCCUCCCCCGGCCCGGCACAGACAUGAACCCGCCGCCCGAUGGAGCCCAGGACCUGAGCGGAUGCCGGGGAGCCGAGGGAGGGCAGGACACGGCCGGGGAAACAGCUGUGCAAGAGCCGGGGAGCAGGGACGAGUCGGUGGAGGAGAAGCUCCGGAGUCUGACCUUCCGCAAACAACUGUCAUACAGGAAAGCGAUUUCCCGAUCGGGGCUCCAGCAUCUGGCUCCUGUGCACUGUCCAAUCUCCAAUGGUCCGGCCAAGGAACUGAGAAUGACCCUGGAUUGGACUGAGAAUGCAGUGAAUGGGGAGCACCUCUGGCAGGAGACAAAUGUAUCUGGAGACCUGUGUUACCUGGGGGAGGAGAACUGCCAAGUCAAAUUUGCUAAGUCGGCGCUUCGUAGGAAAUGUGCAGCCUGUAAAAUCGUGGUCCAUACGGCCUGCAUGGAGCAGCUGGACAAGAUUAAUUUUAGAUGCAAACCCACUUUCCGCGAUGGAACCUCUCGGACCCCAAGGGAGCAGAAUCUGGUGAGACAUCACUGGGUCCAUCGACGGAGACAAGAGGGCAAAUGCAAGCAGUGCGGGAAGGGGUUCCAGCAGAAGUUUUCAUUCCACAGCAAGGAGAUCGUGGCUAUUAGCUGUUCCUGGUGCAAACAGGCGUUCCACAACAAGGUCACCUGCUUCCUGCUGCAUCACAUAGAGGAGCCGUGCUCCUUGGGGGCCCAUGCGGCUGUUAUAGUUCCUCCAAGCUGGAUCAUUAAGGUGAAGAAACCUCAGGUGAACACAAAAAACUCCACAAGAAGGAAGAAGAGGACUUCGUUCAAGAGGAGAGCCAGCAAAAAAGGUUUGGAGGAUAUUAAAGGCAGAGCCUUCAUAAUAAAACCGAUCUCUUCCCCGCACAUGAAACCAUUGCUGGUUUUCGUGAACCCAAAAAGUGGAGGGAACCAGGGUACGAAAGUUCUCCAGAUGUUUAUGUGGUACUUGAAUCCUCGGCAGGUCUUUGAUCUCUCUCAGGAUGGACCACGGGGAGCGCUGGAGAUGUACAGAAAAGUGCCAAAUCUUCGUAUCCUUGCCUGUGGUGGUGACGGGACGGUGGGCUGGAUCCUUUCUGUCUUAGAUGAGCUUCAGUCGAACCCUCCGCCUCCUGUAGCAGUUUUGCCCCUUGGCACAGGGAAUGACCUUGCACGCACCCUUAAUUGGGGAGGGGGGUACACCGAUGAGCCCGUGUCAAAGAUCUUGUGCCACGUAGAGGACAGUACCAUUGUCCAGUUGGACCGCUGGAACCUGCACGUGGAGCGGAAUCCCGACUUACUCCACGAGGAACUGGAUGAUGGGACACAUAAGCUUCCACUUAACGUAUUCAAUAACUACUUCAGCCUAGGGUUCGACGCCCACGUCACUCUUGAGUUCCACGAGUCUCGGGAAGCAAAUCCCGAGAAAUUCAACAGUCGCUUCCGUAAUAAGAUGUUCUAUGCAGGGGCCGCUUUCUCUGAUUUUUUGCAAGGAAGCUCCAGGGAUUUAUCGAAGCACGUGAAGGUUGUGUGCGACGGCACCGACCUCACCCCAAAAAUCCAAGAGUUGAAAUUCCAGUGUAUUGUCUUCUUGAACAUCCCCAGGUAUUGUGCUGGCACAAUGCCCUGGGGCAAUCCCAGCGACCACAGAGACUUUGAGCCCCAGCGGCACGACGAUGGUUAUAUAGAGGUCAUCGGAUUUACUAUGGCUUCACUGGCUGCCCUGCAAGUUGGAGGUCAUGGAGAGAGGCUGCACCAGUGCAGGGAGGUGACCUUGUGGACAUAUAAGGCUAUCCCUAUGCAGGUAGAUGGAGAACCAUGUCGACUGGCACCUUCCCUCAUCCGGAUAUCCCUAAGGAACCAGGCCAACAUGGUGCAGAAGUGCAAGCGCAGGACUUCUAUGCCUUUACUUAAUGAUGUCCAUAAAGUGCACUCGGCCGACCACCGGCGCGUCUCUGCUCCCCCGGACUCCUUCUCCGUCCCUCAUUUGGUACCGGAUCGGCUGCGCAUUCGAGUGAACAGGAUCCGCCUGCAGGAAUACGAGGGGAGGCAUCAUGAGAAGGACAAACUCCGAGACGCCUCUAUUCCCCUGGGUAUCAUUGUGGUACGGGGAGACUGUGACCUCGAGACCUGCAGGAUGUAUAUUGACCGCCUCCAAGAGGAUCUUCAUUCUGUGACAUCCCCCCGAGAUCACUGCCAGGAUCACCAUAGCUCCUUCCCACGGUUGCUCUCUGCUCAGCGACUCAACCCUCGUUGGUGCUUCCUAGACGCUACCUCUGCUGAUCGCUUUUAUCGCAUCGACAUAUCUCAGGAACAUCUGCAUUUUGUCACUGAGAUUUCCCAAGAUGAGAUCUUCAUUCUGGACCCUGAAGCUGAUGGGACACUCCAGGGCAACACAGGGAUGGUAAUGCCAGACCUUGUGGUGGAGCAGCUGCCUGGGCCAUCAGAAUGGUGGACCCCAACGUGCCGUAAGAGGAUAGUAAGUGACAGUUGUGUGCCAGGGAGGGGGUCUCUGCAAUACGAAACCUUGGAAAAACGACAAGACUUGUCCCCGUCUAGUGCACUGCAGUCGCCGGUCUCAGUGGAUGAACAAGGUCGUGGAGUGUUGCAAGAAGAGGACGAGUCUGCGCAUCCAGGGGCCCGAGACCUGCUCUCUGCUCCACCUGGCGGCACGGGCUGGACACGGAGAGAUAGUAACGUACAUCCUACAGAAUGGGCCAGCGGAAUUGCUGGAGAUGCCAGACAGAGCCAAGUUUUAUUUCCUCAUAUUCCUUUUUCUUUGCCUUUUUCAUCUCUUGGUUUAGUGGAGAGACGGCGCUGCACAAAGCUGCUUUCCACGGCCACCGGUGGGUUUGCCAAAUCCUAGUAGAUGCCGGUGCCUGUGUAAUAAAGAAAGAUGCCAAGGGCAAGACUCCUUACGACAAAGCUCAGGAGGCAGGGGACUCCGAACUUGCAUCCUACUUGGACACUUGUCAAGCCAAGCUACUUCUUUCCAAUGAAGACCUUGAGACCGCAGUCUGAUGUGGGCAGCAGAGUUGUAGAAACUUCAGAGAGGAGACAACCUCAACCAUCUGGAGAAGGUCGUCCCAGGAAGAGGAAACCCUCCCCACAUGCAAAAUAACCAGUGGAGGGUGUAUUGUCCAGUUUCUUAAGGGCUACUGUGUAUUGCCUCUUGAUAGAGGUGGAAGUUGUGUUUGGAAAGGAAGAAAUGGGGCGGACCAUUGACGUCAUGUGGAUCCUUUUCUGUUUUCCAACCAGAAGCAUGAUCCUAUCCAGUGUCUAUCUCCUCACUUCAGUUCCAAGCCUGGUCAGAAUGAUGAACUUGUAGGUCUGCACUGUGUCCAUAAGCCUCACUUCUGUUUGGUAUCUGCAGUGCCGACUUAUUGAACAUUGAUGAGACUGGAUUCGAAUCUCACAGUUGUGUGAUUAAAGCUGUUCUUUUAAAUAUUA